AUGUCGAGUCAUUCUAGAAUUUUGACUGUACCUGCGUUAUGCCUUAUGCAUGACUCUAGGGAUUGCUUGCUGCAGAAGAAGACGGAAGUGGGAUCACCAUUCGCCGAUGACUCUUUUGUCGGGUUCAUCUAUGAAAUUGUGGAUUUAGUCCUAACGCUCGGCUGGCUGAGUAAACCUCAUCAUCAAUCAGCAAGAGUGAGAGAUAGGUGGCUAGCUGCAGCUACAUACUCCUUAAUCAUCAAUAGCAUAACUCCACCGAAAUCCAAAAUCCCAUUUUCCAAGCCCUGA